AUGGGAGAAGACGAAAAGGUUGCAGAGUAUGUGUCGAAGGUGCAGAAACUCGUCCAUCUCAUGAAGGGUUGUGGUGAAAUCCUAACUGAUAAGAUGAUAGUUGAGAAGUUGCAGAUAACCAUGUCGAAUCCAAGAUCUAGUUCCUCGAUUCAGGCUGCUCGAAUCACAUUAUUAGUCAAAAGGUUCCCUACCAAGAAGUUGAAGAAAAAGGUUCCUGAAAAAGUGUGGAGUGGAAAACGACCAUCAGUGAGUCAUCUGAAGAUGUUUGGCUCUAUGUGUUACAAGCAUGUUCCUGAUUUAAGAAUAAGGGAGCUUGAUGACAAGAGUGAACCUAUGAUUCUGGUAGGAUAUCAUAAGACUAGUGCAUACAGGCUACUGAAUCUAGAUAAUGCAAAAAUUAUGUUGUGUCGCGAUAUUGUGGUUGUUGAAAAUUCUGCUUGGGAUUGGAAUUUGAGUAAUUCAAUCAACAAGUCAUUCAUGAGCUCUGACUUUGAAGAAGCAACUGCUGAAUUCGAAGUUAGUGCAAUUUUUGAUACUCCAGUCGAAGUCGAAGCAGUUUCCAACAUUCUUGAUACAGCCAAAGUCGAAGAAGGUGUGGCUGCUACAAGCCAACGACCUCAAAGAACUCGAAUUCUUCCAGCAAGACUUCAAGACUAUGAAGUAGAUGGUGAUGAUGAAGUUACACCAGAUGGAGAAAUAGUUCAUUUUGCUUAA